CCCUACGUCACGCCGCAUGAAGACCUUCGCAUUUCGAUUUAAUGAUUUUAUUCCUGCGCUUCUGCGCGUUUGCUUUAUCUUUACAGUCCUGUAGGCGCAGUUAGCUUCACUGAUGGCGUGUCCCGUCAGCCACUCGGUGGACCUGAACCCCGCUGUCCUGCCUCUGGAUUGGCUCCUGGGUACCUGGGAGAGUGAUGAACCCGGAGAGGGCUGCUUUCCCACUAUUAAACCUUUCCACUAUACCGAGACGCUGAACUUCAGCCACGUUGGACAACCAGUCAUCAACUUCAUGUUCAAUGCGUUUCAUGCGGAGUCCAAAAAGCCUCUGCACAGAGAGAGCGGCUUCAUCCGGAUGCAGCCGGGCACCAACAGAGUGGCAUUCAUCAUCGCACAGAACUCAGGUCUGGUGGAGAUUGAGGAGGGGGAGCUGACGGGGCAGCAGCUCAACCUGCAGACCCACGCGAUUGCUCGAGUCUCUUUCGCGAAGGAGCCUCACGUGCAGCAGAUUUGUCGAGUGUUUCGGCUCCGGCCAGAUGGGAAGCUGGAGCAGACAGUUUCCAUGGCGACCGGCGACCAGCCACUGAUGCAGCACUUGCACAUCACCUAUCAUCGGUCACCCUGACCCUGCAAGCAGCCAGCGCUUCUCAUGCACAGUUACGCACCUGUUUGGAAAGACUGAGAACAGUCAGUGAUCAUGAGCAGAUGUGCAGCUAUGCUGGAGUCUGAAAGAGGGAAAUCGGUUACAGUGCUGCACACUUGGUGUAAAUCUUGCAUUACAUAACCUUACUGAGCAAUAAUAGAGCAAUGGCCAGACAUCUAAUCAAGGAAUGAAUUAUAAAUCUAACGGUAUUUUAUUUCCUGGUAGUCUAAACUGUAAAAUCCAUUACAGAGUAUUAAUGGAAAACAUGCUGUCCUUUCAUAUUUUGCACUAUUUUAGGAUUGUAAGCUAACACAGCUGCUUGUCCCGGAGUCAGCACACUCUAAUUUCGAGCAUGGGGUCCGCAGAGGUUAGUUAUGUGAUGCUGUUAUUAGUAAAAGGUUGUGUUCAGGGAAGAAAAUAUGACCAUUUAAGGUCGCUGUUUCCUUUGUGUGCUCCAAGAUGUCCAAGUUUGGCUCCUGUCUUCGAGGAGAGAUGUUAAAGGGUGUGUUCUUGGUACGUGUGUAUGUACAGUGGAUUUAUUAAAAGAAACGGCUCACUUUGCUUAUAUAACUUCUGUGCAUGGAACAGGGCUUGUCUACAUAAUGUUUCUGUUCACUUCUUUGUCUUUAUUAGAAAUAUGCUGAAACCAUAUUUUCAGAAAUAUUCUUUGAUUAAAAUGUGUAAAUUUAGCCACCACUAUGUUCUU